AUACAGCUGUGACUGCCUGGAGCUGGCCUGCACUCAGGGAUUAUGGCUGAUCACCCAAUUGAUGUCAGUAAUAAUUCUAUGGUGCUAUAAAUGAUCAGAUCUGACUGAUGCCUUCUCCAUCCCACACAUCACCAUUGUACAUCAGUACAUUUCUUGCUUGGAGUUUGCAGCAAUGGAGGAUCAUGCAGUUACCCAGACAGAUAACCUCACUACCAUUGAAGCACAUACAGUUGCCCACACUGUUGCUCAUUCUGUGGCUCAGCAAGUACAGCAAGUCCAUGUUGCUACUUACACAGAUCACAGUAUGCUGAGCGCGGAUGAAGAUUCUCCAUCAUCUCCUGAGGACACCUCUUAUGAUGACUCGGAUAUUCUGAACUCCACCGCAGCUGAUGAAAUAACCGCUCAUCUUGCAGCUGCAGGUCCUGUUGGAAUGGCUGCUGCAGCUGCAGUGGCCACUGGGAAGAAACGCAAGAAACCCCAUAUCUUUGAAUCUAACCCUUCCAUACGUAAAAGACAGCAAACCCGGCUACUAAGGAAACUGAGGGCUACCCUGGAUGAGUACACAACUAGAGUUGGCCAGCAGGCGAUUGUCCUGUGCAUUUCUCCUUCCAAACCCAAUCCUGUUUUUAAAGUAUUUGGAGCAGCACCUUUGGAGAAUGUGGUACGCAAGUAUAAGAGUAUGAUCCUGGAGGACUUGGAAACUGCGUUGGCAGAGCAUGCACCUGUCCAACAGGACAUCAACUCUGAUCUUCCCCCUUUGACUAUAGAUGGCAUUCCAGUGUCUGUGGACAAGAUGACACAGGCUCAGCUGCGUGCAUUCAUCCCAGAAAUGCUAAAAUAUUCUACAGGAAGAGGUAAACCAGGCUGGGGCAAGGAGAGCUGUAAACCUAUCUGGUGGCCUGAUGACAUACCAUGGGCAAAUGUGCGCAGUGAUGUCCGCACUGAAGAACAGAAACAGAGGGUUUCCUGGACUCAAGCAUUAAGAACAAUAGUAAAGAACUGUUAUAAGCAACAUGGUAGGGAAGAUCUGUUAUAUGCAUUUGAGGAUCAGCAAACACAACAGGUUGCAACUGCACAUGGCAUUGCUCACCUUGUUCCCUCACAGACUGUGGUACAGACUAUCAGCAACCCAGAUGGCACAGUGUCCCUAAUUCAGGUUGGAACAGGGGCCACAGUUGCUACACUUGCAGAUGCAUCGGAGCUGCCAACUACUGUUACCGUUGCUCAAGUCAAUUAUUCCACGGUCAGUGAUGGAGAGCUUGUCUUCCCACAGGUGGAGCAGAAUUGGGCAACACUUCAAGGGGGAGAGAUGACCAUCCAAACUACCCAAGCCUCUGAAGCAACUCAAGCUGUCGCAUCCCUAGCCGAGGCCGCUGUUGCAGCAUCCCAUGAUAUGGCACCAGGUGCAACAGUGACCAUGGCACUUAAUAGAUUGUCGAAUUACAGUGAAGCGGCGGCACACGCAGUAGCAACAUUGGCAGAAGCCACACUACAAGGAGGAGGACAGAUCGUUUUGUCAGGGGAGACUGCAGCAGCUGUAGGAGCCUUGACUGGCGUACAGGAUGCCAAUGGACUAGUACAGAUACCAGUCAGUAUGUACCAGACGGUGGUCACGAGCCUGACGCAGGGUAAUGGACCAGUGCAAGUCGCCAUGGCACCAGUUACUGCAAGGAUAUCAGAUUCUACAGUCACGGUGGAUGGGCAGGCAGUGGAGGUGGUUACAUUAGAACAGUGACGUUCUUGCCAAAGAAGAUUUUUGAUGUAAUUUCCUUUCUCACUCAUGUUCCCAGUGUUAUGAACAGAGUGGUUUUAGAGACUUCUGCAGCCAUUGCUUGGACCCUGUGCUGUUGAAGUGGUCUUCAGUGCUCCACAUUUUUUUUUCUUCCCGUCCGCAGAAAAGUGUUUGACCAUGUAGUAAUCUCUCCCCUCCCUCUUUUAAUUUAUUUCAAUAAAACAAGCAUCAAGUGUGUGUGUAUUUUAACACCUUCAGGCUACAUUAGGGCAUGCAGGGCACUGUGGAAGAUCGCCUUGAUGACUGUUGGUUCUUAUUUGACUGUUCACACCAUCAUAGUAUCUGCCAUUAUGAUGGACUACUUUGGAAUGAAAGACUUGACUGGUUUUAAUGUGCCCCUUUUUUGGACUAACUUUAAUGAUGACUUUAUGAUAAAGUCUUUAUGAAUUUACUGCAACCACUUCUCCACUUCAUCUAUGGCGCCUUUAGGAGUUGUCACAUUUACAUCGGAUUCUGUUCAGCUGUACUCAAGAGGACCCCCGUUGUUCUUUACUUGUUGCUGUUGUAGGUAUGAAUGUGAUGGCCCUGGUUUACCUCUUCGUGGGAUAAAGAGUGUUUGCUCCAUAAAAUGUUUCAUAAUGGUUACUUCCACAUUACAUGACAAAUCCAGGAGUUUCAGAAAGAAUUUGAAUCAUAAUGUGUUGACGUAAUGGAACUUGCCAAAGCCUUGCCUUUCAGUAGUACUGUGUUUAUAACUGUGGUAAGAUAUACUAAAUCUUCAGUUAUAAAAGCUUUAGAAAACAAGCAGAUGCACAUGUAUACUUUGGGGAAAAAAAACAGUUUUAGGGCAAAAAUAAAUAACUAAGCAUCAUAUUACCAUUAUGAAUUUACUCCACUGACAUUUUAUUGUAUCUCCAUGUACACAUCUAUGCUCUGUUUAAAGUGUACCAAUCAUUUAGAAGAACCUUUGACAUGUCACAGAGACAGUUUCGAUUGGUCGAGACCCAUACCGAUCAGAAGAACAAGCAGGAGAAGGAAGCAGUAGCGUGUGUCGCUCUUCUUCCUGCUUCAUGGAAUCGCUAAAAGCUGGGGAGGGAAACCUUUUCCUUCCUUAUUGUAAUCAUCGUGGGGUUCUUGGCACUAAGACUAAUCAAAUUUGAUGACAUGUCAAAACUUUUUCUAAAUGACCGUGACACUUUAAGAACUAUCAUGUUUUUAUGAUUAUUUAUGCUGUGCCAUCCCUACUUCUCAUAUGAUAUUGUUAGUUCUUCUGUCCUGGUCAGAUGUCUAUUUCAUUUCAAUGAACAUUUAUGGUGCAUAUCUACAAGGUGAAAUAACUUUAUUUAAAAAUUUGUCAUAUAAUGUAGAAGUGAAAUAUUUAUGUAACUGAAAAGAUAAACAGCCUUGAGCAAAACUGUCUUUGAAUUUCCAUGCAUCUAUCACAGGAUUUUUACAUAGGUGCCCUUAAAGGGUCCUUAGAAAAUACAUUUGUGGCAUAUCAGUACUCAAUGUGGCUACCCAAGUAAGUAGCACAGCUUUGUUCUUGAGCCAGUGCCUUUUUGUUCUAUUAAAAUGUCAUAGAAUUAUCUGUGACUAGUUGGAUGUUGGUUGCAUAUUGUGAGACAACACCAUUAAGGGAAGGGUGUCACACAGUGCAUCCACAGCUUAUUUCACGCUGCGGAUGUGCUGCAGGUAGUCACAGAGAGGGAGAGUUACCUACUGCGGUCGGGGUAGCUCUGUUUGUCAGCUCGUGAAAUCUGCCGCUAUAAGCGGACACAAAGUGAGCAGGGAGCUUGCCUACCGUUACUCUUUGAUUGCGCAUCUGCGGCAUCAAAUACGAUGGGGAUGCACUCUGUGUGACCGUGCCCUAAAUGUUUAGUGCUGUGAAGCUAAGCAGGCCCAUGGCUUAGCCCUUAGAAAAUCAGUUUACGAGGGAAUGCUGCAACUACUACUUUGUCAGUUGGAGAGAUUUAUUAGUACUAGUGCCUAGGAAGUGGAGCUGGUGACCAUCCCAGCCAAUUGAUGAUUUCAUUGUCCAAAGAGCCUCUAAAGAAGUUCUGGGAUUUGAUUGGUUAAUAAGUAACUCCAUUUUAUUCUUGGCACUGUUUUAGCUAAAUUGCUGUUUUAUAGUAAGAUUUUCUUUUGUUGCCCAUAGAAACCAGAUGUCCGCUUUCAUUUCACAUGCUGCUCUGAUACGAUGAAAGCAUAGUUAUUGGUUGCUGUGGGCAGAAAAGAGAAUCUUACUAUAAGACAGCUUAUAUAGACACAAUAACUAACUCACUGAAAACCAAGCCAACAUGUAGUUAUACCACUAAACAGCAUAUGUGUCAAAUGAAUUGUAAUGUGUCCCUAUUUUACAGGAAAAUACAUUGGGGGAGAUUUAUCAAAACCUGUCACGAAGAAAAGUUGCCCAGUUGCACAUAGCAACCAAUCAGAUCGCUUCUUUCAUUUUCAACAAGGCCUCAGCAAAAUGAAAGAAGUGAUCUGAUUGGUGGCCCAUUGUGGCCACAACUUGUCUAUACUAAAACCCUGCUUUUGUUCUUUCUGCAUUAUUCACUGUGAUCCUGAUUGGCUGAGUGCAGAGUAACAAGUACUGUAAGCACUACUUGUCUGGGAUUUGUGGGAGAAGAUUCCUACUUAUUCUACAUUUAGAGAAGUAUUGACUAAUGACACUUUCUGUGUGCAUUCUUGUACAACAAAGACAGUCACUGAAUGGACCUCCACUAGUCUCCUAAACACAGCAUGAGCAGGAAAUGAAACGUCUUAUAUCCAGAAGAUGGAAAAUAGUGUACUCGCCCAGUUGCUUCGCUUAUUUAACAGUAUAAAAAGGGGGGCAUUCAUAAUCAGGUGCGUUCUGAGGUGACAGUGCUUUGUGUUGAGGCACUUCUUCCAAGACACAAAGUGUUGAGGCACGAAACGGCCAUCGCCUCAGAAUCCACCUGCUGUUGAAUGUACCCCCGAUUUUUAUACUUCUAAGUAUUUCAAAUGAAGCCACUGGGUGCUACUAUUUUCUGUCUUCUGAAAGACUAAGACCUAAUCUUGUAUGGGGUUAGGCUGAGCAGCACUAAUAGUUGCUAUUAGGCACCAGAGUCCAGGAUAUGAAUAUCAUGGCCACAGUCCCAUAAAGUUUGAGAAGUGCCAAGCAUUUUUCUCUUACGUUGGUUACAGGAAAUUAAACAUGGUGCUGGCAGAUCAGACUGUAUGUUCAACAUGACAACUUACCUUUAGGGUAUGUUCAUAACAUGCAGCAUGUUUCUCGUUGCGAGUUUCACUACCAUUCACUUCAAUGGGUUCACCAGCAAUCUUCAAAUCUGAUGCUAUUGUGGUUUUUCGGCAGACUCAUUGAAGUUAAAGGUAACACAACUCGCAGCGUGUGAAUGUAUCCUUUGGAAGUGGAUGUGUUUCAUGGCAGGUAGACAAAUUUCCCUCUAGCUUAGUUAUAGAAAGUCGUUUUUUUUUUUUUACCUACGUUAUCCUACAUUCUCACAUUGUCAACAUUAGUUGUAAAUUUGUCCUUUUAAACUUUAUUUUGCUGGAGUACUUAGUUUGUCCAAAUAAUGUUGUUCAGUUUGGCCAACUUUAGUUUUCCGCCUUGCUAGUAAUGCACUUGUAAAGUAGUUCAUUUGUGACUCCUUUGCAGGUUAUAUAUUGGCACAUCAGAAUAGGUACAAUUUAAAGGCCAUCUGCGUCCGAAAACAACUUAU